AUGUUUCUAGUCUUCUUUCUUUUCAAGGCGCUCGUUAUCGACAUGAAGUUCUCUAUUCUCGCUCUCAUUACCGUCGUCUCUGUGCUCUCCACUCGGGAUGCCGCUGGGGCCCCUCUCCCCGCGUUGAUGAUAAGAGAGACCGGCAAGAACAAUCACGCAGCCGCGGCUCUCUUGAAUGUCAAUGGACGACAAACGACGAAUAAUCACGAUGAGAAGCAGGAAAAGAAGUAG